CGGGGUCCCUCUUUAUAUAAGCUCUCCUAGGGUUUACGUGCCCUCCUCCUCCACACACCACCCUCCCCCAUCCGCCGCCGCCUCCACCUCCACAGGGGAAGGAAGGGAGAAGGAUGUCGCACCGUAAGUUCGAGCACCCGAGACACGGAUCCCUCGGUUUCCUCCCCAGGAAGCGUUGCUCGCGCCACCGCGGAAAGGUGAAGGCUUUCCCCAGAGAUGACCAAUCCAAGAAAUGCCACCUCACUGCCUUCCUUGGCUACAAGGCUGGCAUGACUCACAUUGUGCGUGAGGUCGAGAAGCCUGGUUCCAAGCUGCACAAGAAGGAGACAUGUGAGGCUGUCACCAUUGUUGAGACACCCCCUAUUGUUAUUGUUGGACUUGUUGCCUAUGUGAAGACUCCUCGUGGCCUUCGUACUCUCAACUCUGUCUGGGCACAGCAUCUCAGCGAAGAUGUGAGGAGAAGGUUCUACAAGAACUGGUGCAAGAGCAAGAAGAAGGCCUUCACCAAGUAUGCGCUGAAGUAUGACAGUGAUGCUGGCAAGAAAGAAAUCCAGAUGCAGCUUGAGAAGAUGAAGAAGUAUGCUACUGUUGUCCGUGUUAUUGCCCAUACCCAGAUCAGGAAGAUGAAGGGGCUGAAGCAGAAGAAGGCUCACCUCAUGGAGAUCCAGAUCAAUGGUGGCACCAUUGCCGAUAAGGUGGACUAUGGUUACAACUUCUUUGAGAAGGAAGUCCCCAUUGAUGCGGUUUUCCAAAAAGAUGAGAUGAUUGAUAUCAUUGGUGUAACCAAGGGUAAGGGUUAUGAAGGUGUUGUGACACGUUGGGGUGUCACCCGCCUUCCCCGCAAGACCCACAGAGGUCUUCGCAAGGUUGCCUGUAUUGGUGCCUGGCAUCCUGCUAGGGUGUCCUACACUGUUGCUCGGGCUGGUCAGAAUGGAUACCACCACCGGACUGAGAUGAACAAGAAGGUGUACAAGAUUGGCAAGGUUGGACAGGAAACCCAUGAUGCCUCUACUGAGUUCGACAGGACCGAGAAGGACAUCACUCCCAUGGGUGGCUUCCCUCACUAUGGUGUGGUGAAGGCCGACUACCUGAUGAUCAAGGGAUGCUGUGUCGGGCCAAAGAAGCGUGUGGUGACCCUCCGCCAGUCCCUGCUGAAGCAGACCUCUCGUCUCGCACUGGAGGAAAUCAAGCUCAAGUUUGUCGACACCUCUUCCAAGUUUGGGCACGGCCGUUUCCAGACCACGGACGAGAAGCAGAGGUUCUAUGGCAAGCUCAAGGCUUGAGCUGCUGCGCAAUAUCAGUUGUGUCAUUUUGUCAAAACGAACAUGUGAUACCUUGUUACUUUCCCUGCCCUAAGUUUUGUAGCUGAUGUUUCCAGAAUCUAUCUUCUAUGAAUGUGUCAUGUGCUAUUGUUAUUGUGAUUUAGUUCUUGGAACCUAGAAUCAAACCUGGUUGCAAAUUAUGUGGAAUGAGUUGGCGGUUAACUAA